GUCACGUCGAGAUCACUUUGACGAGCGGGCGGACGUGAAAGACGCUCACUUGGCCUUCCCGAGUCCCAGCCGCUCCUCGACCUGCAGACGCAGUUCCCGUUUCUGCACCUGAAACGGGAAGCGGCCGCUCAGAUGUCGGACGAGGCGUUCGCAGGCGUGACGGCGCUCACGUCGCUGCACGUCAACGACAACAAACUCCGCUGGCUUCCGAGGAGCUUGGAGCUGUCGCGCGUGUCCAAUCUGACCGUGGCCAACAAUCCCUGGACGUGCACCUGCCAGCUGGCACCGCUACGCAGGUGGAUGGACGCCAACAGCCGCAGGCCAACGGAGGCCAUCUGCGCGUCGCCGCCGCCGCAGAGGGGCAAGCCGGUCCGAGACAGCGCCGCCUUCGCCGCCUGCCGGGUCAAGCCCAAAAGAACCAAGACGGCCGCGCGCCACUGAACGGUUCGGGGGUGGGGGAACCCGGCCGUCACGUGACUCGACUCCGGUUAGACUUUCCGACUUGCGACUCGCUUGAGUGCGGAAGCCCGUUCGUCAAGCGAGGACGAUGACCAAAACGUUUGCGUUAGGACGACGGCCGAACCCCAAAGAGGGUUACGCUUACGUUACGACGAUGACAAAAAGCGCCGCUAACUUUGCGGUUUAGCUGACGGGUUUCUGGUCAAACGUGAACUAACAGUGUUUGCCAAAACUGUAAUUCAAAUAUUUAUUGUCGUAAGUGUUAAGGACCAACAUUUUAUUGUAUUUUUUUUUCAUUCAAAAUAUAUAUAUAUAUAUAUAUAUAUAUAUUUUUUUUUUGUAACUGGCCAAUUCAUCGGUAAUCAGAAUUUGACUCUGCCAAAUAUCGGAAUUGGCAUCAGCCUAAAAAAAAUUGCGGAUUUUGAUGCAGCACAGCGAGUUGGUGCCUAAAAUGUCAGCUAAAAGUCCCUGAAGAGGGAGGAGCGAGCGAACGAGCGAAUGAUUCCGAAUCACCGAGCCACGCCCUGAUUUUGAGAUGACCGGAAAUGUCCACCGAAAGUCCCUUUGCCGUGACUCGGGAGUCAAUGACUGCGAUCGCAAUCAUUCGCUGGAUCGCUCGACAGAGGUUUUACGAGACAUUUCAGGAACUAUCUCGGUCAACCCAAAAAUGCUCCAGGUGGGCGGGCCUUCCAACCAGACUCAGCAUUUUGCCAGACUGCCAUUUUUGGCAAAUCUUGUCACGUUGCUCCUGAAACGCGUUUCCGUGUGGACGGACGGGGCCGAGUUCAAAGUUUCACGUCGGUCGUGCGUUUAACGGGCAAGACGAUAAAGUCCGAGACGAGACACAUCGUGGUUGAUGGACUCCAAAAAAUGUGGCGAGUGGCUGAGCAAAAUUGGAGACUUGACUGAUGACUUGCGUAACCCAGGUCACGCACCGACACCGACUGGCUUGACCUUUAGCGGAAUUGAACUCAGGACGUGCCGGAAAGUAGACGCGGACCGCACGAGACCGCCUCGUGACCGCCGCACGUGACUUCCUCCCACCCCUGGCCGCCGCCGCCGCCUACUCGCCGGCAGAUGGUUCGUUUUUACCUUCUCCCUCCGGCCGCACGACCGCACGCCAACCUUUCCGUGCGCUCUUCCGCCCCCCUCCCGUCCCCCGCUUGUUUGCUAACGCUCACUUCUUCCCACACAUUUUGCAUCAGCGUCUCGUUGCCUCAAUAAAAGAAAACCUUUCACCA